AUGAAAACUCCAGCAGCAAAAUGUUCUACGGUGAAAACUCCAGCAGCAAAAAGUCCUAUGAUGAAAACUCCAGCAGCAAAAAGUUCUACAGUGAAAACUCCAGCAGCAAAAAGUCCUACGAUGAAAAUUCCAGCAGCAAAAAGUUCUAAGGUGAAAACUCCAGCAGCAAAAAGUUCUACGGUGAAAACUCCAGCAGCAAAAAGUUCUACGGUGAAAACUCCAGCAGCAAAAAGUCCUACGGUGAAAACUCCAGCAGCAAAAAGUCCUACGGUGAAAACUCCAGCAGCAAAAAGUUCUACGGUGAAAACUCCAGCAGCAAAAAUUCUACGUGAAAAACCUCCAGCAGCAGUCUACGGCAGCAAAAAAUUCUACGAUGAAAACUCCAGCAGCAAAAAGUUCUACUAUGAAAACUCCAGCAGCAAAAAGUCCUACGAUGAAAAAUCCAGCAGCAAAAAGUCCUACGAUGAAAACUCCAGCAGCAAAAAGUCCUACGAUGAAAAUUCCAACAGCAAAAUGUUCUACGGUGAAAACUCCAGCAGCAAAAAGUCCUAUGAUGAAAAUUCCAGCAGCAAAAAGUUCUACAAUGAAAACUCCAGCAGCAAAAAGUUCUAUGGUGAAAACUCCAGCAGCAAAAAGUCCUACGAUGAAAAAUCCAGCAGCAAAAAGUUCUACGGUGAAAACUCCAGCAGCAAAAAGUCCUACGAUGAAAACUCCAGCAGCAAAAAGUUCUACGAUGAAAACUCCAGCAGCAAAAAGUUCUACGGUGAAAACUCCAGCAGCAAAAAGUCCUACGAUGAAAACUCCAGCAGCAAAAAGUUCUACGGUGAAAACUCCAGUGGCAAAAAGUCGCACGGCAAAAACUCCAGUGGCAAAAAGUCCUAUGGGGAAAAGUCAUACGGUGAAAACUCCAGCGGCAAAAAUUGCUACAGCCACAAAUAA